AUGAGUGGGAGCAACAAAAAUGAAAAAAAGGAGGAGGACUGUAGUUGCUACGCGGAGUCUCGCACAAAGAAGUCUUGCCCUCCUGUUCGAAACGUCACCCACCCCUUGCGUUACUACGAGUUUUCACCGGAUGAGAUCAAAGCCCUAGAAGAGUGUGACAAAGAGAGCUUCUAUCAACGCUGCUUGCCCUUCAGUACACUUUUUGCUACCGUCACUUAUGCUGCUAUCAAAUACGGGUUCCUGAGCCGUAACCCCCACUUUGGUGCGGUGCCUAAGGUACUGGUGGCAGCAUUUAUCGGACAUAUUUACGGUCGUCUCUCCUAUAUACCCGAUUGUGAGGCGAAAUUAAGGAGGUUGCCGACAAACAGUCAUCUUGGAAACAUUAUGAGGAAGUAUUAUUUGGACCACAAUCCCCCCCACCAGAUCCUAAAAAGAGACCUUUAUAGACGUGCUUUAGAUAAAAGGGCCAUUGUGUUGGUUUUACAAAUACAAUCUACCGUCCGUUUGUGA